AUGAAGUCUCACAAAAAUCAUAAAGAUUCAGUUGUGAAUAGUUGUUUUGUGAGUCAGAGAAAUCACCGCUUUCUUCAUUUUUGUUUGGAAAACAAGAUGAGUCGUUUCCCCAAAAUGAUUCUACUUUUCGUCGGCCUUCUGCUCCCGAUUGCCAUUUAUGCAUCGCCAGUUGUCGAACAGACAGAGCCCGUCAAGUUGACCCUCGAAAUAAACGUCACUGAUCCGCUCGACGCCGACAACUCGACCGCCAAGGGCAAAGAGGAAUCCCCGUUCACGCAAGUGCUCAACUUUACCAAGGGACUCUUCGAGAAUGUAAAGAAAAUUGCCGAAUACGUCGCAAAGGUCAAAGACAUCGUCGUGAAAGCUUUUGAAACGGUGAAAGAGCUGCUGAAGAAAGAAGAGGAAAACGCGACGACGACAACGACAACGACAGCGAAGAUUCUCAUCGAAAUUUAUGAGACAACCACCCUGAAGGCUAUCGCAUUGGAUAAAGAGGAGAAAAAGGAUCAUCUAACCGUGCCUCCUGCUUCACCCAAAGCA